UCGCAGUUGAAUCGAUUCUCUAAAAAGCAACAACGAGGCGAGGAACUCGGAGACCAACAACAACAACGACGACUACGACUAAAACAACAACACGGGGAGACGCAUUACUGCCGUAGAGAGUGACUGCCGACAUUAACGUGGCGAGUGGGGUAGUCGGGGGGGGGGGGGCUCAGGUAUCGUGAGGAGGAUAGAAGACGAUGUUAUAGGAAGCGCCCAGGCGCGUACGGAUUAAACGCAACCAUGGGCCGUCAUCAUCAUCACCAUCCUCAUGCCCAGGCGCCGAGACGCGGCGGCGUUUAAAGUUAUCCCGUGGUUCUCGAUAUUUUGUUGUUGUUGCUGCUACUACUACCUACUACUACUAUCCGCUGUUGCGUUAUUGUCGGAGGCGGCGGCGGCGGCGGAGGAAGAUGUCCCUCAUGUCGUUGAAGAAGAAGCAGCCCAAGACGUUCAACGUUCGCGUCAACACCAUGGACGCCGACCUGGAGUUCGGUUGCGAGAUUAAAAUGAAGGGGAAGGAUCUCUUUGACCUAGUGUGCCGCACUAUUGGCCUGAGGGAAACGUGGUUCUUCGGUCUUUGCUUCAUGGUUAAAGAUACCCUCACGUGGCUGAAGAUGGAAAAGAAGGUGCUGGAACAGGAGGUUCCCAAGGAGGAUCCCAUCUCCUUCCAGUUCCUGGCUAAAUUCUACCCAGAGUCUGUGGAUGAGGAGCUGGUGCAGGAGAUCACACAGCACCUCUUCUUCCUCCAGGUGAAGAAAAAGAUCCUGGAUGAAGAGAUAUUUUGUUCACCUGAGGCAUCGGUCCUUUUAGCUUCAUAUGCUGUCCUGGCCAAGUAUGGCGAAUAUGAUCGGAGCCUGCACACUCCGGGUUUUUUGGCUCAAGAUGAGCUACUGCCAAAAAAGGUCAUCAACCAGUACCAGUUGACACAGCCAAUGUGGGAAGAAAGAAUUACAAACUGGUACAAAGGACACCAGGGCAUGACCAGAGAUGAAGCUGAAAUGGAGUAUCUUAAAAUUGCCCAAGAUCUCGAAAUGUAUGGAGUGAAUUAUUUCCCUAUAAAGGACAAAAAAGGAGUUGAUUUCUUGCUUGGUGUCGAUGCUCUGGGCCUAAAGAUCUUUGAACCCAAUGACAAGUUGCAGGCGAAGAAAUCGUUUCCGUGGAGCGGAAUCAAGAAUGUGCAGUACAGUGACAAAGAGUUUACCAUAAAGCCUCUUGACAAGACAACCGAGGUCUUCAAAUUUUACUCUUCAAAGCAGAGAGUAAACAAACUGAUCCUGCAGCUGUGUAUUGGAAACCACGACAUGUUCAUGCGACGGAGAAAAGUAGAUUCUAUGGAAGUACAACAAAUGAAGGCUCAUGCCAAAGAGGAGAAGGCACGGAAACAGCUGGAGAGGCAGAAACUCGACAGGGAAAAGCAGCUGAGAGAGGACGCGGAGAGAGCCAAGGAUGAUCUAGAGAGGCGGCUGUUCCAGAUGCAGGACGAGGCUCGGCUGGCCAAUGAAGCCCUCCUGCGCUCGGAAGACACAGCGGAGCUUUUGGCAGAGAAAGCUCAGAUAGCGGAGGACGAGGCCAAACUGCUUGCUCAGAAGGCAGCCGAGGCUGAGCAAGAACUCGGACGCCUGCAGGUGACUGCACUAAAGACAGAGGAGGAGCGACGACUCACGGAGCAGAAUGCUCGUGAAACUGAGCGCAUUGCUCUACAACUUGCCAAGCAGUCUGAACGCCGGCUGAAAGAGGCGGAGCAGCUGAAACAGGAUUUGGAGGAGGCAAGGGAGUCUGAAAGGAGAGCCAAGCACAGAAUCCAGGAGCUAUCUACACCCUCCUAUCCACAGAUGCAGGGUGUGUAUCCUCACCUUGCCGGUGCGGCAGUGGUAUUGGGACCAGGGAUGCCUGCCGCAGGCCUGGACAGUGAAGGCAGGCGGCUGUCGGUGGCCAGCGACUACAAGGACUCGGACAUGAAGCGCCUCUCUAUGGAGAUUGAGCGGGAGAGGUUUGAGUACCAGGAGCGAAGCAAGAACCUCCAGGAGCAGCUGAAGGAGCUGAAGACUGAGAUCGAAGCAUUGAAGCUGGAAGAGAGUGAAAGCUUAGAGAGGGGAGAGCACCGUUACAACACACUUACUCGGAUGUCGUUCCAGAAUGCUCACAGUGCCGGCUUCUACGAGAGCCACUGACAGCGGCACGAGUUGGUGUCGAGCCAGCGGAUCUGGGUGUUGACAUGCAUUGCGCCCCAUCAGCAGCUUACGGAUUGAUCAGAAGAAAAGGAGACUACUAAACUGGAGUGUGGGCCUAAAGGUCAUUUAAUAUGACCGUUGUAUUCGAAACUGUAUGUGGUGUAUGUUGGUCUUGCACUACCUGUUCUUAUAUAAUCCAACAAUUUCUGGUUCACGUGUUACGGACGUAUGCCUUUUUAGCUCGGCACACAUUGUUUGAUGUUAUGGUACAAACUAGUGUUAAUUAUUAUUUUGAUACACGUGCUCCUUGUUCCAGAAGGGGGUCAUGAUAUUGUUGUUCUUGAAAAUUCAUGGCACGUAAGUAUCUCGUGUUGAGAUGUGGGUUGUGGUUUGGAUAUGAAGCUGUGAUACAGUUGUCCUUGAAAUACCAGGCUAAUUAAUUAGUGGGAUGCCCUGGUAAUUCCAUGAAGAGCAAAUUUAGCCCAUCUACCGCUUGAAAUGUUAUUUAUAUUGCCUUUAUAUAUAUUAUGAAAGCCAUAUCAUUUCUAUAAAAUAUCAGUCACAUUUACCUUGAAUUUAUUUUAGUUUUGGCUGACCAAAAACCUGGUCACAUUUAAUGGAAAAAAGGUUGAUUACACCACGGGAGCUUUGUCGUGGGACCUUUUUGCCAGUAUCAAAUUAUGAAAAAUAAGAUUAGGUUUUUCCCUUUGUGGCAAUAAAAGGUGUUAAGAUGUUCAGACUGCAAAUAUCCGAGUUUGUGUUUGCAUGUUCAUCACAAGUACGUGUGGUAAAUGCAGACUUGUAUCCUCAUCAGAUGUUCGACUGGAUGUUUGAACAUCUUAUCAUCUGUUUUAUUGCCAGAAAGGGUAAAAUCUCUUGUUUUUUCACUAUCACAACGCUGGCAAAACCGUUCUUUCACAAUUGUAAUGUUAUUCUUAGCCAUAGUAUGAUUGGCAUAACAAUCUCAUCUUACCUGUGAUGGAAUGGCUUUUAUCUGGCCAAGGAAGAAAUCAAAAAAGUAAAAUCUUCCUUUUGAUGUCGCAACCUUUUUUACCUUUGAAAAAAUGUAUGACGAUACAAAGCACCAAGUUGGAACGGCGUCAUAUUUGGGGUGGAGCAACCAGUUCCAACCUCACUAGUACUUGAUUGAUCGAAUUCAACGUAGAACAGGUUGAUCCAAGUCACUGAUCAAGACUACCAUGGUUACUGGUCCCAUGAACUUGACUCAUUGAUUCCUCCACCCAUGUUGAAGAUUCGAUCUACCUGGCUGUCUGGUCCACCUCAUCCAUGCUGUGUUCAACCAUCAUUUACUGCAGGUUAAAAUAUUUAUUUCUGCUUUUUUUCUACACAAGUGGUUGAUUCUAGAUUUGAAGCUUUCGUGACUGCAAGGAUUCAUAUUCUUAGGCUUUUUCGGUAAAGUCACGUAGGUAAAAAAUUGAAAUUAAAAUUAAUAAAAGUAAAAUAAAAAAAAUCACGACGUUUCGGAGGCAACACAAGCUUCCGUCUUCAGGUGGAACCGUCACAGCCACGACAGCUGUAUCAAGUAAAUGAGAGAUUACAAGAGCUACCACUCCGUAUAUAUAAUGGUUGAGGGGGGAAGGGCCCGGAAAGGCACACUUUUUAUUAAUAUGGUAAGGUAAGGCUUAAGACUAAGAAUAGACUGCAUAACUUUGGAAUUCCCUCUCAUAGUGUUUUUCCUCAAGUAAUUUUAACCUUGCUCAAUACAACAAAUGUAUUGGGCAUAUCCUCAAAGGUUAUUUCAAGGACACACUGUUUUGGAAUUAAAGUACAGAAACAACAAAAUGGUAAUAUAAACUAAUAGGCACUCGCGUGCCUUGAGAUACAAAAUGUAUUUAGACAGUUUAUACUUCCAAAUUGUAUAGUCUUCUGUUACAAAUGUUUUUAGAGAAAAAGUGCAUUUUAACUACAAUAUUAUAACAUUAUCUACACAAAUCUGUAGGGAGCAUCUGUACAGCCACUAAAUCAAUUUUGGAUUUUAUUAAUCAUUAGUCUGGACAUGUUUGUACAUUAUUUUCAUAUGUAUAUUAAAGAAAGUGUAGGGAACGUUAGAUUGAAUAUAUAGAAAAAAUAUUUUUGAAAGUAACAUUUAAAUUUGACAAUUGAUCUGAUCCAAUUUCACAAAAUGCAUAUGUAGCAUAUGAACUUUGGUUCGGGUCGUGAAUAUGGUGGCCUUGAUGUUAUAAACGUUGAAAAUGAAAAUAUAUUCAUCUGUUUUAUAGAAGCUACCCUUGGAUUUCUUUUGAUCACAAGUUCAUCAGUGCCUGAUAUGAAAGUCCUGUUAUAUUGUGCAACGGUUUACCAGCAGUAUCCUGUAAUGUGGUGUUAUUGGAACUCAUUGUUUUCUAUCACGAUUGCCAUUGGCUACGAGGAAAAGGUAUCCCCUUUUCAAUGUCAUGUCAUUGGUUUUUCUUACUUAUCACUGAUUUUACAUGCUCAUCAAUUGCAUUUUAGCUCGCAUGCAUAUCUGGCACUUGCUUGCAUUUCUUAAGUAGCAUUGCUUAUUGUAACAUAGGAGAGUGCCGUUGUUAAAUGACACUACAAUGGCAGGCGAGUAGCUCUACACGUUCACAUCACCAAAUGGAUUCUUUUGCAAACAAAGACGACCAUAAAUGGGCUUUGUGAAUCUGUGACAGCGUUGCAUAAAUACAACACAAAACGGCUACAGCUUUUCGAUUGGUGUGGAUUUUCAGCUGUAUCUGAUGUAUCCUUUGGUGUUUCCCUUCUAUGGAAGUGUUUCUGCAGAGGUUAGACCUCAUUGCAUUAUAAAGUAAAUAAUAGCACAUCUGUAUUUGCUACAUUAUACAUAGCAUUUUAUUCAUGAUAAUAGUCCUGAAAAGUUUAAAGAACUUGCAUUGUCUAAAACGCGACAUCAAACUUUCAUGGUUUCAUUAAUAGUAACAGCCGUCAAAAUUUUGUGACCUAAUUUUUUUUCGAUCACUACUGUCAAUCACAUCCAGAGACUGUAGCUUUUACGUAAAUGUAACACUAACUUCCCCUCAUAAGACAUUUACAACCUUGGGGGAAAAUAUGGUUACCUCUGAUUCCUAAAUAGAUUAGCUGUUUCAUGAAUCAACUGAAAAUAUGCAGCAUAUCGAAUGGAAGUCUACAUUUUUACAUUGUUCCUGCUUUUUUUUGCUUAUUCUGACUAAGACAAAAGUUAUCUACAGAAAUAUAUCUUUAAUCUCAUUAUUAUAGGUGGUAUACUGAUAGAUGUGCUUCAGUCUUGCUUGUUGUUUGCAUUCAGAAACUACCAAAGGCUUUGGAUGUUGCUGCUAGAUUUCCCAAGGUGUCUAGUAAGCUUAUUCCUUUGUUGCAGGGCAGUGCGGUUAAGGUGUUCAGCCAUAUGCCAGAGUUCUCGCCUGCUUGAGAAAAAUGCGCCACCCCAUUAUACUUUUUAGAAUAGAUGCGUUUUUUUGGCAUAACAUAACAGUGUUACGUUAUGGAACAGUCGUUUUAGUUUCCAGCGAGAGUUUCAAAUCCGUAAUUUUUCCGGGUGCACUAAACUCCCUCGUGAACCUGCUCCAUUAACCUUGUCAAAUGCAUCCGGAACUAGAAACUAUUACACCUGGUUUUUGCACAUGAGAUGCUGUUUCAUAUUGUAGUGUUGAAUGUACAUAAAGCUGAAGUUGGCACUACUUUGGAGAAUGCGUAUUUGAAUUUUAAAGCUGAAAACAUCACUUGUUAGGUCAUGAUGUUUAAAAAAAACUUGGCUAAUCCUUUACAUCGGAAGGAAAACUUUCAAGUAGAAUUAUGCUGAAAGGAUUACGUUAUUUAGUGAGGUAGCAGUGUACUGUAAAAUUAAACUAAAUUCAUUGAUUUAUCAACCUAUAGCAGUUUUGAAGUAAGUUAUUAGUGGCAAGGUUUGUUUUGACAUUUACAAAUAAUGCUCUGCCAUGUUUUGCUGCUAUAUGAUAUGGAAACAAUAGUAUCUGCUGUGGUAAGAUCUAUAAAUUUACCUUUACCUGGGUUUAUUUCCAAAUAACAGGUAGUGAAUUGGCAAGGGAAACACUCGAAUAGCCUUGUCCUGAUGCUUUAGAAUUAGUAUUAAUGUAGAAUUGUGAUAGUUUUAAAUGUGUAAGCAUUUAUAUAUUACAGAUACUCACAUUUUAAACAUGCCGUGCCAUAUAGAGUAUAUUGCAUAUUUGUCAUUGUGCAUUUAAAAAAUUGUGGGUUUUUGUAAUUUGCAGAAGCCUAAUGCAUCGUCACAAAUUGAAUAAUUGGAAAACACUGUUUUUUUUUCUUAUGUACAAAUAUUUACCUGUGAAAGACAUGGUUGGUUAAACAUGACGUUCCAUCAUGGAUUUAAACAAUAUAUGUCGAACGUGUGGAUUUUUUUAGCCGUAAAUCCGAAUGAGAUGUUUAGCUGUUAAUUGCUUUCAAAUUGUCUUGUAUGCAAGAAACAGGUCGUUCUGAAAGUGGAAUACAGCAAACGUCAGUCACUAAUGAUGGAUGUUUAUAUGACUGCUUAAUGAUGCAGUUUGCAGCAUAUUCAUCAUUAAGAAUUAUGCUAAAUUAUAUUCUUUGAAAUCUUGAUGGAUAAUAAAGUAAACAUUUACAUGCACUAAAAUGGCUUUGGGUCUUUAAAAAUGGUCAGUGUUUUAAACUCAAUUAUUAAAGACUGUAAUUAUGAGUAGUGGCAUUCCUCCUGAAUUACAAUUGAAUGCGCUGCAAUUGCAAAAUCACACAAUCCGUUUUUUGUCAUAAAUAUGAACUAUUUCUCUAAAUGUAAAUGCUUAAUAGACGUAAUAUGAAUUGUUUACAGAUAUUGGCAGGACAAUCAAGUGGGAAAUACAUUUGGCCUGAUUUACAAUAACAGUUUCUUACAGUUGUGAAAACACCAUAAAACACCACCACAAAAAUGUAUUCAUUAAAAACCUGAACUUUUAAGUUGUGCAAAUACUUCGGGGUAGGACUUGUGGAAUACAUUUGGGUCAUG